AUGCUUCAGGUUGAAAAACAAAGAACAAAAGUAGCAGAUACAAAACCGUUAGACUAUAUCUUUACAAAUGCUGGUAGGACUAUUUCAGAUGAAGAAAUUUCAUCCCGAGCAUACAGGUUUGACUAUCCAAUUCGUUGGCUUCAAAGUCCUUCAGAUGCAAAGGCAAUAGGAUUUAGAAGAGUUUUGUUUUCAAAUAGAACUAACGCAUUUAUGUUCGCAGUAUAUUUUCAUGGGCAGUAUAAAGGUUCUGAUGGUCUAAUAGACAAAUUUGACGAAAUGAGAAUCUUUACAGUUCGUUCAGACGAAAGUCUUGAGAAAACUCUAGAUGACUUUCAAACUCAAAUGAACAAAUAUUAUUGGGAAUUUCAAAAAAAUACGACUCUUUACUAA